AAUUCUGCUUUUUUAUAGCAACGGAGGCUCUUCUCAAAUACUCACUCAGGUUCUAAAAAAAUGGAUAAAGAAGAGCAGAACAGAGAGAUCAUAAGUCAGCUGAAAAUCAGAAAUUAUCUAAAAGCCAUUGCCAGUAAUUUUACAUUCAACGAGAAUUACUCUGAAAUUCUUCCAUAUCUUUAUCUAGGAGGUGAUGAAGCAGCAUCAAAUCCAGAGCUACUGAAAAAACUCGGAAUUAAUUAUAUUUUGAAUUGUGCUUCUUGUGAUGUUCCUCUCAAUAGCUCUUUUUAUCAAGAAAAUGGUCUCAAUAUGAACUUUUUAUCCUUUCCAGCUGACGAUAACAUGUGCUACGAUAUGACACAGCAUAUUUCCGAAGCAUGUCAAUUCAUAGAUGAUUGUAGGAAAUCAAAUGGAAAAAUACUUAUUCACUGCGUUAUGGGUAUCAAUAGAAGUGGAUUCAUAACUGCGGCAUAUAUUAUGACACAAAGAAAUUGGGGAGUCAUCGAGACAGUGGAAUUUAUAAGAAGUAAACGGAGCUUGGUAUUAACGAAUGAAAGAUUUCUAACUCAGCUUAUAAAGUACGCAUAUGUAAAUGGACUUUUCUCUUACAGUAAUAAUCAAGUUACUUCAAACUAA